GCCUUAUUAAUCCCCUAAUCCGACGGACUCUGCUCACUCCCUUUCACUCAACUCUAUUACUUCACUCCCCCCGCCGGCUCCGAUCGCCGGCGUCCCCUCCCUCACCGCCCCACGUUUUCCGUCCUAAUUAUCCUGCUACCUCUUAUAUUGCCUUCCAACACCACUGCUUCAGCUCUCUGUCGCUGCAGAUUCCCUCUCAAAUUCGUUGAGAAUUCCUUUCACGUCAACUUCGAUCUUCCCCGGUCAACUGAUCCAGAGCUGCUUCGCAUUUGUAAUUCAUCCCGAACUUUCUUCGAUUUCGAAUAUCCUCAACUGGUUUUCUCGGUCCAUCAGCUGUUGACUGGGCUAGAACUCAACUCGAAUUGCGCAGUUCACGAACUCCACAAGCUGACUUGGUGGUAAGGUUUUACGCUGAAUCGAACUGAUUCGAGUCCGAUUGGGUUGAGACGACGAUGGCGGACUCGGAUAACGAUUCCGGAGGGGCGCAGAACACGGGAGCCAAUGCAAACAGCAGCGAAUUGUCGCCGCGAGAGCAGGACCGGUUCCUACCUAUAGCGAACGUGAGCAGGAUCAUGAAGAAGGCGCUUCCGGCGAAUGCGAAGAUCUCAAAGGACGCGAAGGAGACAGUGCAAGAGUGCGUAUCGGAGUUCAUCAGCUUCAUCACCGGAGAGGCCUCCGAUAAGUGCCAGAGGGAGAAGCGGAAGACCAUCAACGGGGACGACUUACUCUGGGCGAUGACCACGCUGGGAUUUGAGGACUACGUGGAGCCACUCAAGAUUUACUUGCAGAGGUUCAGGGAAAUGGAGGGAGAGAAGAGCGUGGUGGCGGCGCGUGACAAGGAAGGAGGUGGCGCUUCCAUUAGUGCUUUUGACGGCAGUGGCGGGGUGUACGGGGGUAGCGGAGGUGGAAUGGGAAUGAUGAUGCAUCAAGGACACGUGUACGGAUCUGGUGGCUUUCAUCAAAUGGGCGUUAGUGGUGGUCCUGCUAUGGGUAAGAGCGGGCCAACUUAUCCGGGUCCUGGAUCUAAUUCGGGCAGACCCAGAUAGAUCAAAGGUGUGAACCAGUAGCUUAUAAUAUCCUAAUACUAGCCUAGAUUUUAGGAUUGCUCUAAGUUAUUUAGUGCCUUCUUUGAUUGAUAAAUUUAUUAAUCAUUAGAUUAAAAUCAGAAAUAAAGUGGGAAAAAAAACAGAGAGAGAAUCCAAUGAUUAAUAAAUCCGUCAGUUUGAGAAAGUGUAUUAAGACUGAUUCUAAUGUGUUAGGGUGAUUUGGCAUUAUUAUGUAAAGACAAAAAGAUCUUUAAUAGUUCCUCCCUGUAAUUCUCGUGUUGAACAAAUACUGCUUCCUCUUUUUUGAAGAAUUAACCUUAGCCGGAAGCCCAGAACUUCUGUACUUGUGUUAGUGUU